AGCGUGUUGUAUUACUUGAGCGUGUCGCUUUGUGCUGUUGGAGUCGUCAGCCACGUCACCUCGUUUGCGACAACUUUCUUUUCAAACACCUCCACCCACCGGUGCACUUUCUGACUACGAGUUGAUCGUUUUUGACUUUGAAUGCAGUCAGUUAUCUCUGUGCAACGAGUAGCAUCCGCUUUUAAGGCAUUUUCACCCACGCCAAGACUGUCAAAAAAGAAAGUGAAGAAGUGCGUUUGCUCUUCUUGUCGCUCCCAUUACCUGAGUUACCCGGCUCACCCAUUUACCUGUCGAAGCGCCUCGUCUUAAACUGAAACAGAAACAACAUGAACGUGUUUCGUCUGGCGGGCGACAUGUCGCAUCUGGUGGCCAUAAUCAUCCUGUUAUUGAAGAUAUGGAGGUCCAAAUCAUGUGCAGGCAUUUCUGGAAAGUCUCAGGUGCUGUUUGCAGUUGUCUACAGCAGCAGAUAUCUGGACUUAUUCACCACAUUUAUUUCCCCUUACAACACAUUCAUGAAGGUGGUGUUUCUGGGUCUGUCAUAUGCCACCGUAUACCUGAUCUACAGUCGCUUCAGGAGCUCUUACGACUCUGGGAAUGACACCUUCCGCCUGGAGUUCCUGUUGGUGCCUGUCACUGGUCUGGCCUUUUUGGAGACCUAUACAAUCACCAUAGUGGAGUUCCUUUGGACCUUCUCCAUCCUCCUGGAGGCGGUGGCCAUAAUGCCGCAGCUCUUCAUGAUCACCAAGACGGGCGAGGCCGAGUCCAUCACCACCCAUUACUUGUUCUUCCUCGGCCUGUACCGAGCCCUCUACAUCGGCAACUGGGUGUGGCGCUACUACACAGAGUACUACAUCGACGAGGUUGCUGUGGUGUCUGGUGUCGUGCAGACCAUUUUCUACUGUGACUUCUUCUACCUUUACAUCACAAAGGUGCUGAAAGGAAAAUUGAAGAUGACCCUGCCAAUACCUGUCUAGCAGCCAACCUGAACACCCAAAUUUAUCUGGCCCUACCUGGGGGGCAGGGGGGUUGUUAAACUGACAUUUUGUCAAGCAAAACUAGUACUUCAGAUUUCAUUCCUGUCGGUUGGAGGUGGUGCCUCCUUAUAUAGAGAGAGCGUAUCUUUGUGGAAGAUGCAAACAUGACACUGUAAAUGUGUCUCAGAUGUUUGCAACAUGAACUUUGCAACACCCACAGAAAGGUUUUCUUUGUUUUAACGGAUGCGGAGAUCACAGAAACAACAUUUUUACAGAAACAUUUUAAAUAUCAACUUCACCCGAAGGUUUCCUUUCAUGAACAAAUAUUGUAAAUUUGUCUUCUGCAGUCUGCCAUAAAGUGCCUUCUUCGGUUGUUCCGACUGAAUUGACACUCCUUGCAUUUUAUGCCUUAGUCGUCCCUCGUUUAUUGUGGUUAAUUGGUUCCAGACCCGACGGCGGUAAGUGAACUCCCGCAAAAUAGGAUUCAAUAUUAAUAAACGGAAUAUUUUUGUAGUUAGAGCAUAGAAAACCUCUUCAUGACUUUCUGAAUUACUAGUUUUACCAUUUUACAGCCCCGUAGACGUGAAAUAACACCCUUACUGUCACCUUUACACUCCUAUUAGUCUUACUUGCACCACAUUGCGCAACUCUAGACAGUGGCCACUAGUUGGCCUCCAAUUUAUUUAUUCUUAAAUUAGGGAAGGGUUACAAACGGGGUCGGGAAGAAGGACAAAGUGUGAAGCCAAAAACUUGCCUCUUCCACACAGAAUGGGAAGAACUUUUUCCCCCACUGUCAUGUCGGACGUGCCGUGGCUGACUACAUGCAGUGUUGAGGUAAUGUAAUGUCUCAUCAAUGCAUAUAUUACACUACCGGUCACGUUUUAGAACACUCCGAGUUUUCCAGGUAUUUAUUUGUACCUAAAACUGAAAAAUAAUGUGAAUCUCUGAAUUAUACAGAAAGGCCCGUUUCAACAAUUUGAAGCUGUUCUGCGGAAAUGGAGGUUGAUCAAGCCUCGGCAGUUGGUGCAACUGAUCCCUACAGGUGUUCCAAGUUCUGGAGUACUGUACUUUACUACCUCCUCUGUCUGCUUAAAAACAGUGUUCGGAACACACUGUGGUACGGUACCCUCGUGAACAUCAGUUGAACAGCGUUGUGCUGGACAAAGUCAUUUGUUGCUACACAAAUGGCAAGAAAUUGGAGUGUUCUAAAACUUUUGACCGGUAGUGUACAUAUGAUUGAUAUAUAUAUAAUGUGUGUGUAUGUAUAUAUAUAAUUUGUUUUUAUUUUUUUUUUUACUAAUAGGCCAUAGUCAACCACAAAACAGCAAUGAUUUAUUUUUUUAAAUUGGCAAUAGAGCGAUGUUCAAACUGCGAUGUAGCGAGGGACAACUUGACGUUUUCCCCUUUAUAGCCUGGUCUGUUGUUUUGUAUGUUUCCUGUUUUCUUCAUACAUUAUAUUUCCUCAUGGGAAUAAAAGGACGGAAUUUUUCCCUGAGCAUAAAUGAAGCCAAAAAUUAAAUGCAUAACUACUUCAAUUAUUAAGUUACUUUUUUUUUUUCUUCCUAAAAUGUGUUCCUUAUUAUGAUGCUGCUGACCAAACUUGGUAUCAGGGAAACUGAAUUUUUAUUUGAAUACUUUAAAUUGCUUUUACACUAAUAACUUGAGUGGUCUUUGUGUGUCAGCAGGAUUUCUUGAAGUUCCAUAUCAAAUACACAAACUAUGAUUUAACAGAAUGAAUAUUAUAUACAGAUGCAUCGCACACUUAAGUUGCUUUAUCUUUCACUGUCUACCUGCUACCAAAAUUAGAUAUACUCUGGUCAAAUUAUGAGACCAUAUUUCAGAAAUGACCCUCUGGCUGAAAUUACUCAAUUUUAAAGAAACGUAAUCUGUAAUAUCUCUUCAACGAUACCACUACAGUUAUCCCUCAUAUAUCGCGGUUAAUUGUUUUCAGACCCGACAGUGAUAAGUGAAUUUGGAUUCCUUAUUUAGAAAUGGAAUAUUUUGUAAAGGGAUAGUUUUUAGAUUUUUUGACAUGAAGUUGUAUGACAUCCCCAUCAGCAGUGUAGUACAUCAACAGUGACUUGCCCCCCUACUUUGUCUUGUGAGUCCAGUUCUGGUUGGAUUUCCGUGAGGAGGAACGUAGUUCUGCUUAGUUGUUUAUUUAAGUGAAGAGUUUGGCUUCUUAAAACAAUAUGCGUUCAAAAAGAGUAAUACAUUUUCAUCACACAAAUGCCUCCUCGAAAAAAAUCAGACCUCACAAAUGGUCUCCCGCCGUAUCCCUGCGCACUGUCGCCGGUCCGUUCAUGUGUACGUGAUGAAGACGACAAGUGAUUUGUGAGGUGUGUGGGGUUUUUUUUUCGAGGAGACAUUUUUAUGAUGCAAAUGACUCUUUUGAACACGUAUUGUUUUGACAAGCCAACGCUGAUGUCCUACAACUUGGAAGUAAAAAAAUCUGAACUAUCCCUUUAAGAGCAUAGAAAACCUGUUUGCGACCUUCUAAAUGGAGGUUUUAAUAUUAUUACAGCCCUCUAGACAUGAAAUGACACCCCCAGUCACCUUUACUCUAUUACCCAAUAUUGCAGACGUAACGGAAAAAAAUAAGCCUAAGUCGUGCUUGUGUGUUUGGCUGUAAAUGUGUUCCGGUGCAGUGGGCAGAAGUGACGUCUGGGCUUCGGAGUUGAAUUUUAGCUCGGCGCGGGUUCCGGCCACAACAGUAGCCCGUGUUAGGGAUUAUUGUGCCUGUUGUGAGAGCAUUCAAACCUGCAAUAAAAGCCUUUUGUUCCAGAGAUCAAGUCUGGUGCUUGUGUGUUUCACCAAAUAUUACAGUAACAUUACUGACACCUAGUGACCAGUGUGGAAUACAUAUCAGUCCUCGAAUGAGUUUUAUGAAUGCCUUAAAUUUUACUUCACUUAGCCUUUUUUUUGUACUAAUAGACUGUAUUCAACAACAAUACAGUAUGAUUUAUUAUUAGGGCUGUCAAAAAAUUAGCACACUAACAGCGGUAACUAAUUUUUUUUCAUUUAUUACAUUAACAUUUAUAAUGUAAUGCAUGUGCAUGUGAUGUGGAAAGCCACAUCUCUAUUGUGACGGAGGCACAGUGUAGCGUCCCCACGGAGUCUUGAUGCUCUUUUGAAACUUUUAUUCUGACCAAGGACACUCUGGACAUCACAAUGUCUUGUUAUGCGUGUAUCACGUAAAUCUCACUGCUAUAGUACAAUUGGCUGCAUUUUUAAGCAUGCUUGGAAAAUAUAUGCACACUCAAAACGUGAAUUCAUCUUAAAAUACUUGGGACUAGGGUGACGCAAAUAGAUUUUCAAAUGUGUGGUAGCUUUUAGCUUCCUUUAAGUGUUGAGUUGAUUUGGAGCUGUUAAUACAUUUCAUGGCUCUGGCCUACGACCGUCUGAACUGUUGAUUUUUGUUGAGAUGUUUGUGUGUUCUCCCCGUGCAUGUGUGGGGUUUCUCGUCUCUUGCUGUAUAUGUCAAUUUCACAUCCUGAUGCAUCCAAGCACAAGGCAGUCCAGCGUCUCCUAAUGUAGGAAUGUUUUACGGUGUUUGUAGAGCACCUUACUUCCUUCCCUC